AUGGUUGAUACUGGGGCAAUCGUUAUCCCGAUUGUUAUUAUCGCACCCAUUGACUCCGAGUCCUGCUCCGAGUUCGUUGUUCCCAAUCACAUCCGUCGCGCGACUCGCUUGAUACAUACCGUUUCCCCUUCAAUUCGGUCUAAGGCCGGAUUUCAAUUGACACCUACGUCUCCCCUCCACCGUGGCUUCCACCCUCUAUCGGGCCGUGAGUUCCCUUACGACUUGUCCGCCGAGAAUCCUUCCGCCCGUCACGCGUCCAACGGAUCCAUACCGUUUUCUACGACACUACCGGAUAUCAAGAGCGUGACCAAAUUCGGCUCAGGCGAGAGCGACGGAUAUCCAGGCUCUUCUGUUAGCACAUCGCUUCCUGGACUCGCAGCUCUGGCAUCGGUCGCUUCAGCACCUACAUCUAAUCUUCGGUGUGUUGAUACCCCAUACAGAUUCUAA